AUGCCUAUACAUGUUCUGAUUAGUGGAGCAGGCGUUGCUGGACCGGCAUUGGCCUGGUUUCUGGCGAAAUCCGGCUCACGCGUUACAAUUGUUGAGAAAGCCCAUACUUCCUUUUCACAUGGACAAAAUAUCGACAUUAAAGGCAGCGCUGUUCAAGUCAUCAAGAAAAUGGGACUCUUAGAGGAAGUCCGACGGUUCAAUACAACGGAAAUGGGCACCCAAUUCAUCGAUUCUAAGGGAAAACCGUUUGCUCCUUUUCCCGUCCAAAAGGGUCUUGGUGCUAGCUUCACCUCGGAAUACGAGAUUCUUCGUGGAGACUUGGCCGAAGUUUUCCACCAAGCUACAAAAGACCAUCCCGAUAUCAAAUAUUAUUUCGGUACCACAAUCAAGAAUGUCAUAUCAAACAACGACACAUCAGUCGAAGUGGAGUUGAGCAGUGGAGACACGCAGCAAUUUGACCUCUUGGUUGCGGCAGACGGCCAGUGGUCCAAAGUACGGAAGCAAUGUUUUCCCUCAGAUUCUGUCAAAAUGAUUGACUUGGGCAUGUACUCCACGUACUGGACCGUUCCUCGCCUACCGAGCGACAAUAGCUGGUGGAAUAUUUACUUAGCUCUGAAAAGCCGGGACAUCCAUCUGAGACCUGAUCCACACAACACAAUAAGGGCAAUGUUCACUAUUAUGCCGUGUAACGAUUUCCAGAAAAGGAGAUGGAAGGAGGCGUGCCGGAGUGACAGACAAACUCAGGAGGAGCUUUUGAAAGAGGAGUUUGCCGAUGCUGGAUGGCAGGCUCAGAGGCUCUUGGAGGGGAUGGAAAAAGCACCAGACUUCUACUUCCAAAAAAUUCAACAGGUGAGGAUGUCCAAAUGGUCUUCCUCUCGUGUUGUGUGCUUGGGAGAUGCAGCCAAUUGUCCCUCACCGCUCACGGGCAUGGGCACCUCGCUUGCCAUAAUAGGAGCCUAUGUUCUUGGGGGCGAACUGAGCAAGCUGGAUAAUGGCGAACAUCCUUCAAAGGCACUUGAGUCAUACGAAAGCAUCUUUCGACCCUUUGUCGAGGAGAUACAAAAGAUCCCAUGGUUUGUUCCUGGAAUUGCACAUCCGGAGACGGCAUGGAAGCGGUGGUUAGUGCAAAGUAUGGCAUGGACAAUUUCCAAAAUUGCGGCAAUUCCCUGGGUGGCGGGGAGAUUUGGACCAAAGAGCGAUGAAGAGGAUUUCCAGUUGCCACUUUAUUCGAGCUUUGAGAAUGUCUCCUAG